GGUGGGGGGCGCGGGGCGCGCGGCGGCAUGGCGGGCGGGCGGCCGUGGCUGUCAGGGCCCCACAGGCGGCUGAAGCCGCUGCGGACAGUGGUGGCGUGGAGGGGCAGGGCGGAGUGGGACCAAGUGAUGGUGGGGCUGUACUGUGGGGACGGCCGGCUGCAGCAGGAGGCGCUGGAUCGGGUCUCGGCCUGGAAGAGCCGGUAUGGCCCCAAAAUGCCUCUUGCAGUGGAUUGUACUGCCGAACUGAUUCGUUGCAAGGUUCUGGAUUCAUCUGGCAGACUGAGGUCACACGAGCUCAUCCUGUCCUAUGGUCUGGCCCUUGUAAGAUUUGUCAACUUGAUCACAGAAAGGAAGCAGAAAAUGGUCAGCAUUCCGCUGAGACAAUUAGCCAUAGAGGUGGAUAUCCCUAUCUGGGUCGUGGAUCUCCGCCAUGAACUGACACACGGGAAGCUACCCCGCCUGGCUCUGUGCCGCAAGGGUUGUGAUGUUGUGCUGGACUGGCUACGAAAGACAUAUUGGAGCCGUCAGUUGGGCAAUAAUUUGUGUGAAGAAAGUGAGGAGGAGGAGGAAGAGGAGGAGCAUGAAGCAAUGGAAGCAAACGCAGAAUUGGACAAUGACACAUGGGAGGUUCAAACCCCACAGCAUGAGGCCUGUCAGAAGCACAAGGAAUUCCAUGAAAAAGUCAGAGAUGUGCUGAUAUCCUACAAAGAUGAGCAAUUUCGGGUUAUGCAGACAGUCCAGUCCAUUGCGAAGUCUCGAGAAUUGUGGUCUAAUUCUUCUUCAGAGGUGGACUGGAUUUUGGCUCAGAUCAAAGACUUGAUGCAAGAGAACAGUAGACUGAGUAUCUCUAGAGCGUUUUCUAACUCUUUAGAUACUGGUAGCAGUCUGACUGGAGGUGGUGCUUGUGUACAGCAUCAACAGUUAUCACAACUUGGGGAGACAGUGGCUGAAGUUCUUCUCAGUGAUGGUUUUCUCAUCCCAACAGUCGAUUGUCUGAAGAUGUUAAAUAUCAAGUAUGAAGCAAAUAAAGAGGUAUGGCAAUUCAGAAUUCCUCAGACAUUUUACUGCUUCUGGCAGCCCUUGCUGACAGGCCUCCUUUCCCGAAGUUUUACACAGACCCUAAUAGACAAAAUGUUUAUGAAGUUAAAGGAAUGUUCUGACUCUUCAGAACUCCGUCCUCAGUUCCUGAUCAACUGGAUUUCUGAGAUGCUGACUAGCAUUGCCAGAGUUAACAGUGGGAAGAAAAGACGCCGCUGUAACAAACGGGUGUAUGUGAAGGAGCUGUUCCUCCAAAAAGUUCCUUUGCAGUGGAUAAGACUAACUGAAAAUUGCUUGGAAGCUCCCUGCUGGGCAACUCCACACCUUCUUCAGCUGUAAGUUUGAUCCUGUGACCUAGAAAAAGGACAGUGAACAAUGUUCUCUAACAGCUUUGGCAGCUUCCCUGCGAUAUGCUGAGUUAUGGCUAUGUUCCUUUCCCUUCCUUUGCAUCUAGUAGAAAUUAUGGCAGGUGUGUACUUGGAG